AAACGGUGCAGAAAGCUCGAGACUUUCCCACUUCUCUCCAAAACCCCAUUCGAAAGCCUACACUCUCCUCCUCCGAUUCAAACCCUAAUCUUAAAACCUUGGAUCCUCAAGCGAAGAUCGACGAACAAAAAUGUCGAUUCGAGUGCUAAACCCUAACGCCGAGGUCCUCAAUAAGUCCUCGGCGUUGCACAUGAACAUCAACGCCGCCAAAGGCCUUCAAGAUGUGCUCAAGACCAAUCUCGGCCCCAAAGGAACCAUCAAAAUGCUUGUUGGUGGAGCUGGAGAUAUUAAGCUUACUAAGGACGGGAACACGCUGUUGAAGGAAAUGCAAAUUCAAAACCCUACGGCUAUUAUGAUUGCGAGGACGGCGGUGGCUCAAGAUGAUGCAAGUGGGGAUGGGACGACGUCAACUGUGUUGUUUAUUGGGGAGUUGAUGAAGCAAUCUGAGAGAUGUAUUGAUGAAGGGAUGCAUCCACGUGUAUUGGUGGAUGGAUUUGAUAUAGCUAAGAGGGCAACGCUGGAAUUUCUUGAGAAGUUCAAAACACCUGUUGUGAUGGGUGAUGCGCCUGAUAAAGAGAUACUGAAGAUGGUUGCCAGAACGACUCUUAGGACAAAGUUGUAUGAAGCGCUAGCUGACCAGUUGACUGAUAUUGCGGUUAAUGCUGUGCUCUGCAUCCGCAAGCCUGAUGAACCGAUCGAUUUGUUUAUGGUGGAAAUAAUGCAUAUGCGACAUAAGUUUGAUGUUGACACUAGAUUGGUUGAAGGUCUUGUCCUUGAUCAUGGCUCUCGACACCCUGAUAUGAAGCGGAGGGUAGAAAACUGUUAUAUCUUGACAUGUAAUGUGUCUUUGGAGUAUGAUAAAAGUGAAAUAAAUGCCGGAUUUUUCUACUCCAAUGCCGAGCAGCGAGAAAAAAUGGUUGCUGCUGAAAGGCGUCAAGUUGAUGAGAGAGUUAACAAGAUCAUUGAGCUGAAAAAUAAGGUUUGUGCUGGUACUGACAAAAACUUUGUUGUGAUCAACCAGAAGGGGAUUGAUCCUCCAUCUUUGGACCUUCUCGCAAGAGCAGGGAUAGUUGCCCUCCGAAGAGCAAAGAGAAGAAAUAUGGAAAGGCUAGUUCUAGCAUGUGGUGGGGAGGCUGUUAACUCGGUGGAGGGUCUGACUGAAGCAUCUCUUGGAUGGGCUGGACUUGUCUAUGAGCAUGUCCUUGGAGAAGAAAAGUACACCUUUGUGGAGAACGUGAAAAAUCCUCAUUCUUGUACAAUCUUAAUUAAAGGACCAAAUGAUCAUACCAUUGCUCAAAUCAAGGAUGCCGUUCGUGAUGGUCUUAGAUCCGUGAAGAAUACAAUCGAAGAUGAGGCAGUUGUCCUGGGUGCAGGGGCUUUUGAGGUUGCAGCGAGGCAGCAUCUGAUCAACAAUGUAAAGAAAACUGUUCAAGGACGUGCACAACUCGGUGUUGUAGCCUUUGCUGAUGCGCUCCUUGUUAUCCCUAAGACUCUGGCUGAAAAUUCUGGCCUUGAUACUCAGGAUGUCAUCAUCUCUCUCACGGGCGAGCAUGACAGAGGGAAUGUUGUCGGUUUGAACCAGCAGACAGGAGAGCCAAUUGACCCACAAAUGGAGGGUAUCUUUGACAACUACUCUGUGAAGCGGCAAAUUAUAAAUUCUGGGCCCGUUAUUGCCUCCCAAUUGUUGUUGGUGGAUGAAGUGAUCCGUGCUGGUCGCAACAUGAGGAAACCAAGUUAAAUCUUUUUUGUGUGAAACCGAUGUUUUGGUCUCAGUUGUGAUAUGGUGGGUGUUUGCUUAAUUUUUGACAUGAUCGAUGUAAGAAAUGGGCUGUGAUGCUUUCAUCAAAUGUUUGUUAUACUUUUGAAAUGUUUUUAUCCAGUGUUUGUUGAAGUUUAACUGAAGCUAUUCUGUGCUUUCAUUGAAUCGUCAAGGUUUUGACCCUUGGGAUUUGACUCGGUGGUUCCUGAUGGUUCCUAGUUUGUUCA